AUGUAAAAUCUCCAAGAUUAAUAAUUAUUAUAUGGAUUAGAAUUAGCAAAAUUGAGAUAUUCUAAAGAAGAAGAGAGAGCCAGAAAUAAAAAAGCUUAUUAAGUCUAAUAUUAACCAUAAGUAUUGACAUUGUAUUAUAUUCAAAGCAUUUCAAUUAAUAUGAACAUCCAUUAUCAGUUUUUAAUAGAUCAUCUUUAGAUAGUAUUCCUGUUGCUCAACCUGGAAUGGUAAAUAAUAAUAUCAAAAUAGCCAGUCAUCCCUAUUCCAUUUACAAUGAUGCCAUGGCCAAUUGAAUCAUAAAUUUAAAUGGGUUUUGAUUUCUAAAGAUCUAAAAUUUAAUAAGAAAUUCGACAAUAAAGAAUUGAAAAUAUUAUGAAUUUAGGUAUACUAUUCAAUUUUAUUUUAAGGCAAACCUAAACCUAUUUAAAAACCUGGAGAUAAAAUACUUUAUCCUCAUGAUACAUAUACUAAUUCUCGAUUAUCUUCUUUAGGAUAAUCCUAAUUAAAUCAAUAUUCUUACUAAUAUCCAAUUUAAUAAUAAUACUAAUAAUAACUCUAACAAUAAUAAUAAUAAUACUAAUAAUAAUACUAAUAAUAACUCUAAUAAUAAUAAUACUAAUAAUAAUAACAAUAAUAACAUAUAUAAUAAUAAGAAAUGUAAAAAUAAUAAUAAUAAAAAGAUCUUUCUAAAUUGCUUAUAUCUAAUUAAUAUGAUAAAUAUAUACCUUAUAAAUAAUAAGAACAACUAGAUGAGGAAAAAAUAAAAGAAGAAUUUAAAAAUUCAUUACAUAAAUCUAAAUUAUCAAAUAAUAGUAUCAUGAAUAGCAGCUCUCAUUCAAGUCAAUAAAAGUUAAUCAGGAGACCUAAAAAAAAAUUACCUGUUUCUUCAAAGAGAUUUAGAAUUUUUAAAGCUUCAAUAAUAUUCAUCUCAUAUUAUAUAAAAACCUUAAAUUCUGAAAUUUCAAAGAAAUUAAAAAUUUGUAGAGAGAGAGAUGCAGAUAUUCCUAAUUUAUUGGAUUAUCUUUUAGGAGAAUAUGAAAGAGCCCUAGAAUCAUAGAUGAUCGAUUUUAUGAAUAAUAAAAUGGACUUUAAAGUGGAAAUAGGAAGAGACAAAUAGAAUUAAGCUAAAUAUGAAAAAAUCUUUGGUUUUAUUACUAGGUUUUUAACUAAAAUAUUAACAGUGAAACCAGAAAAUCUUAGUCCAUUAUUUUUUGAUUUUUUAAGAUCAAUAUGUAUUCCAAAUUAAUUUCCACCACUUGAUUUUUUUAUUAAAUAUGAGGCUGAAAGGAUAAGAUUUAACACAAUUGGUUAGAUUGGAAAGAUAAGUGAAUCCAUAUAAUUAAUGAUAAUAGAAGGAUUGACUCUAUUGAGAAUAUUUGUUAAUUAGAUGAUUUUCAGAGCAUGGGAGUAUCAUCCAUCUUAAGAUAAUUCAGAAGUCUUGUUAUUUGUUCAUAGAAAUGGUUUAAUUGUAGGAUCAAUUCUAGUAUAUUUAUAUUUAGAAAGAUAUACUAAUGAAAUUCCCUAGAAAUUUGAUUGGGAGAAGGUUUAAUGGAAUAAAAUUAAUAUUUUGCCUUAAAUUUUUAAUGAUGAACCUGAUAAUAAUAAAACAGCCAUCAUCAAAAAUCUACUUCCCUAAUAGGCUGUUGCUCCUUAUUUAAAAUAUUUAGCUUAAUAGACAAAAAAAAAUAAUGAAAUCUAAGAGUUGUUAAAUUAGAUUAAUUAAAAUUAUUUGAAAGAAUUAAAUAGAUAAACCUAAGUAGCUUUAUCAGAAAAAGAAGAAAAACCUCGUAUGAUAAGUCUAAUUAUGAAUACGAUCUAUAAAGAAAUAUAUAUUUCUAAGAAACCAAGAAGACUUGGAUCUGAUUGA